AUGAAAGCACUCACAGUAUCCUCUUUGCUCAGCCUGGUCGCUGCACAUGGCAUCGUAAAGCAGGUAAUACUCAACGACCAAACACAUACAGGACCUUAUCCAAACUACGGCGACGACUCGGAGAUCAAAUCUAAAGGCCCAAUCCGUCAAGUAACCAACACGAAGCCAAUUAAAGACAUUUACUCACCUAAUUUGUCUUGUGGUCGAGAUUCAGUCCCCUCAGAAUACAGUGCCCCAGUUGCUGCUGGUACUGACGUAGAGUUCAUUUGGAAUGGCGGUGAGGAUGGUAUUCCAUGGCCACAUAGUACUGGACCAAUUAUAACAUACAUGGGCAACUGCAACGGCGAUUGUAAGAAUGUUGAUCCUACAACAAUCGACUUUUUCAAAAUCUCAGAGGAUGAUAAGAGACCAGAUGGUAUGUGGGAGCAGGCGACACUAAAGAAUUUCAAUACAGUCAAGGCAACAGUACCAUGGGAUAUAGCAUCAGGCAACUACAUGAUCAGACACGAAAUAAUAGCGCUACACGAAGCGAAUAUGGUUGGAGGAUGCGAAUUUUAUCCAUCAUGCAUCAAUGUGCAGGUGCAAGGAGGCGGAGACGCGUAUCCAAGCGAUACAGUAAAAUUCCCAGGUGGAUACAAUGAACAGGAUCCAGGAAUAUAUUUGCCAAAUAUGUAUGAUUCACAGCAAGGCAUAACAGAUUAUCAGCAGCCAGGGCCUGCGCUGUAUGCUGCAAGCUAA